UUUCAAGCAUUGAAGCCCCUUCGACAGAUUGACAGCGUAACUGCAUCAUGGCCCGUCGAACACGACCUUAUUGCCCUUGUUGGCAUCGGUUGCCAUAUGCCUAGUGGUGCUCGAGACAUUCCCACGCUAUGGGAGCUACUCAGGAAGGAGUUCGAUGAGCCACGGUUCUCAGCUAAAGGAUUCUCUCGUUCCAACCUAGAUCGUCCUGGUACUGUGGUGGCCAGAAGUGGGUUCCUCCUAGACGAAGAUCCACGACUCUUUGACGUAGCCUUCUUCGGUAUCACGGACGUGUAUUCCCUAAUAUACUGGCUAACCGUAUUUACUACGUUUGCAACAUUAAAGGGCCUAGCUUAUUAG